AUGGCUGAGCGACAGCCAGAUGCUACGGCAGCCUCAUCGGAGCCAGAAGGCGGCCAAGAAAUCUUGCAUCUGGACGUUUCUAAGACUGUUGGAGACAUCCGCGUGGUUCUGAAGGGGCUUUCUCGUAUCCGUAUUUCGACCGUGCAGCCCGAUCUGAUGUCAAUAAAAAGGGCUAACACCGUCGAAGAGCUGCUUUCACUGCUGGAUGAGUCCCACGGGCGUCUGAAUCGGUUAGGCCUGUUCAAAAGCGUAGUUUCCAACGUACAACGGGGAAAACGCCCGGGUGACGUUGACGUCGUCUUCGAGUUCGAGGAGAAAAAAGCCUCCUACUCCGUUGGCGUCACAACGAAUCAGAAGGCGGAAGGAAAUGUCGUGAUAACAGGCGAAAUACCCGGAGUUUUAGGUUCGUGCAACUCCCUUUCACUGCAACUGAACAACACGGGCUACGGCUCACAAAAAAUCGCAACGUCCUUCUUCAUGCCACGUAACAUAGGCCUUCCAAACUUUACAAGCUUAUUCCAGAUAUUUACAUCGCAGAGCAACUUCACCAACUAUUCGUCGUUUUCUACGACGGCGAAGGGCAUGUCGUUCACGCUGUCUGACAUUAGCAAACGCCACCAAAUAUCGUGGGAGGGUUCUGUGAAUGACAUUUAUCCCAUAUUCAACGAACGCCGCCGAGCUUCGGAAACCGUGCUUAGGCACGCAGGUCGGUCUUUGAAGAAUGCUGUGUCGUAUCAGUACAUUCUCGACUCUCUUAAGGGUGACGGCAUUCCGAACGGCGGUCAUUGCACCCAGUUCAAAAUGGAGGCAGGCCUGCCCGGUGGGGAUCGGCAGUUCCUAAAGUUUGACUGCAGCAUGCUGUACGCCACAUUAAUAAGACAGAAGUACAUCAUGCACACGAACGUCUCCAUGGGGUACAUGCGGCCAUUCGGCACUUUGUUGAGUGGCAGCAGCUUGCUGGAUCGCUUCCACUUCACCGGUAACGGAGGGGCUGGCACCGCGUUCCGCGGUUUCGGAUUCCGAGGCGUAGGACCGUGCGAUCACGGUUCGGUUUACAACAGCGAGACGAAGACGUGGCAAAGCAUACCGGAAUAUACAGGCGGUGACUGUUACGGCAAUUUGCAGCUUGCGCUCCAUUGUCCUCUGGAAUACAAGGACUACCGACUGCCGCUGGCGUUCUGCUUCCUCAACGUAGGCGCACUCGCCGACAUAGAAGGGCGACAGACGCAUGAGAGUGUAUACGGCCAUAUGCUCCGUGAGAUGCGAAUGUCAGUGGGAGCGGGGCUUAGCAUCUCCGUGGCACCCGGCUGCUGGUUCGAGACGUUCGUGGCGCAGCCGCUCAUGAGCUCCCCGACCGACACCGUCAGCCGAGUGCAAAUGGGCCUGAGGUUCAAACAUAACAUAAUGUGA